CUCACAUUCAUGAAUUAAAAAGGUCUAAGGUAGCGACCAUGCCCCCCAUUCUCUCGGAAGAAGAAUCGGCUCUCGAUCCCUAUGUUGUCCUUGGAAUUGGAGCCGGGGCAACAACCAAAGAGGCUGAACGGGCGUUUCGUAAAAAGUCGCUCAAGUAUCAUCCGGACAAGAAUCCUGACCCUGGAGCUGCUGUAAUAUUCCAUCAACUAUCAUUAUCUCUCGGUAUCUUUCAAGAUCAGGCCAAACGCAAUUAUGUGGAUAACCAGCUCGAAACUGAUAGGAAAAAAAAGGAGCGAUAUGCAGAGAUGGAUAAAAAGCGUAAAGCGAUGGUCGAUGCGCUUGUAGCGAGGGAAGAAGAAGCCAAAAAGCAAAAAGUUGAGCAGGUCAAGAGACGGCAGCAGCAGGCAGACGAAGAAACCGUCAAGGAUGCUGGACGGCGAUUGUUGGAGGAAGCGCAAAAGCGUGCAGCUGCAGCAGCCGCUGCUGCUGCUACUGCUACUGCUCAAGCGCCAAAAGCGCCAGAGACGGCUACAUCAGAACCUACCGGUGGAAUCAAGGACAAGCCCACCAUAACACCUGAAGACCUCACCAUCCUCCUUACCCUCCCCGCUUCAUCGACCAUAACUUCUUCUGACCUUCAGACACGCCUCACCACAUCGUACGGCCCUAUCGCCCAUCUUAUCCUCCCUCCUGUCCCUUUAUCACAGCAAGCAGCAGAAAGUAAAGACGGCAAGAAGAAGAAGCCCAAAAGCCGGAAAGCGAUUGUAGAGUUUGCGAGUGGGAAUUGGGGUGGGUGUUAUGCGUGCUGGAUGGAUCAUGAGACCGGUCGGGGAAUGGAAGGGGUAAAAGCCAAGUUUGGAAGCGGGGAGGUGCCGGCAUGGGUUGCAUGGGCGGCGGAGACGCAGAAGCCUGGACGGAGACCGUCUCCCGCUGCUAGUGGCGGGGAUCAGCAAAUAAAUAAUGCCAAUGGGUAUGCGCCACCAAAGACAUCCUUCACAAUACCCACGACAACUUCAACACCUGCUUCCCCGCCGUCGUUCACUUCAGCGCCUGAUUUCUUUGCUGCGAGUGACGGUGAGGUCAGUAUGGCGGACCUUUUAGCGAAACAUGCUCAGAAGAAAUCUGCCAAGAGCGAGGAAGACCGGAGACGGCAGGAGUUUGAGAGCAUGACGUUGUCGAGAAUGAGGAUGAUGGAGAGGGAGAAGCUGGAGGCGGGAAUCAGGAGACAAGAGGAAGAGGAAUGAUCUAUGUCUGAUAUUUUGUAUUGUUGAUUUACACCAUCUCUACAGCACUAUAGAUGUAUAAUAUGAGUUUAAUCCG